AUGGCCGGAUCAAAGGCUCUGUUCGGGCUACUCGUGAUUGCCACCCUUCUGGUGUGCUUGCUUCCUCCUAGCCUCGCUGCUGUACCUGCCGUUUUCAGCUCUAGCGUCAGUUCACGCGACAAACUUUUAGGGUUCCGCAGGUUGUCAGAUCCGACCGAUGCUGUGAGCUACGAGUCGGUUCAAGGAUCCGCUCUUCCUUCCCUCCUGUUCGACCCUUCUCGCGAUGAUUCGAUCUUCUCGUCCUUCGCUGAGGAGAGGCCUGGCGUGGUCCUCGUGUUCCUGGGCAAGGAGAUUCGAACCACCGACCUCUCGUCUCCAACUGGAUCCGUUGAGCCUCUGAAGGCACUCCUCUCCCAGUCCGCGUCCUCCAAGGUCUUCCCCUAUGUGCAGCCACUCGCCCACGCCGACUCUGCUCACGCACUGGACUCCCUGCUCUCCUCCUUCGCCUCGCUGGCCUAUGCGGGCCAUGCUGCAGUCAGUGCUUCAUGUGGGCCCGUCUCCCGUGCGGGGAUCCAACGCUUCAGUGGUGAAGACUCGCUCAAGGACCUUCUGAAUAACCGUGCCAGUGUGAGGGCAGCAAGGGAGCUGGACAUGGUGCUCUAUUGCUCGGAUGGCCUUGCAAGCGCUGACUCACACGACGAUGCUGUUGCAGCAGAAACUGCUGAGCUUUCCACUCUGGCAACCCUCGUCAGCGCAAUCACCCCCAACUAUGCUCUAUUCUACACCGCACUCCCCGACGCCGACGUGGGAGCGCAGAGGCGCCUCCUUGCUGCUGCUGACGACUAUCCUGCCCCCGGCACUGGCGCUGCUGAUGCUGCUGAUGCUGCUGCUGCAGGCGGUGGUGCUGGUUUUGAUGCGAUUGGUGCCGGUGCAGAGGGCGUGGAGGGGCAGGGUGUGGCUGGGGAGGUGGUGGCGGCAGAGAAGAAGAAGCAGAAGUGUGGGCCGACGUGCAAGACCCGUACCGCUCUCCUUGAAGGCAUCUUUGUUGGCAUUGUGAUGCUCAUGAUUCUUGUCUCAGGCCUCACAGUCCUCUCUCAGAUUGAUACCCCUACAAGGUUUGAGGUUUCCCGUGAAGCAUCCUAA